AUGUCGUACGUUGCUUCGUCGCGCAGUCCAUCGCGCGCAUGGGAGACACCUACGUACGUCGUGCCCAUCGCUGACUGGUCGAAGGCACCCGCGAACGCUGGCAUAUACUCGCAUUACGAAGCACCCUCUCCUGUCCGCACCCUUCACCGUUCGAAGACCACGAGUAGUCGAAAGCCCCUACGUUCCUCCCCUUUGGCCGGCCCAGCGCUAUCAAACCACAGCGAGGCGUUCAUCGAGCUGGACGAUACCCCCAACGAUGAUACCCAUCUCAGCACGUCUGAGCUUUCCUCUAAGGCGGUUAGGGGAAGGAACGUGCAUGACGGCGACCAUGACGGCGAAAGCUUCCCUGCGCCUGCGCCACCACAAUCGGCCCACCUGCGCGCACGGUCCUCACAGGGGCUUGCGCGUACCAGCUCCGCCGAAUCUAUGGGUUACCCCUCUUCUUCCUCCACUCCACGCGCACAUACACCUACCCUCCGAUAUUACCACUCCUACCACGUAUCGACUCUUACAUCCGCAAUGCACAACGUUGCUGGCGAUAGGAGUGCCAAGCGACGCCGCCCUUUUCUGGAUACACCCACCGACUCUAUGGCCAACAAUCUAAAACGCCCGCCUUCCGCGAUCCACCCGCCCACCGAGAAGGCACACACGCACGGCCCUGAGCGUGUGGCGCGAAACUCCAGCGUGGCCAAGAUGAGUAAGGACAUUACCGGACUCGGAAGUGCUCGAGACGCCCGCGGUGCUCGGUAUUCGUUUGCGUCUUGCUCCUCCUCGUCUUCGUUAUCGUCAAAUUUCUCAGCUUCCACCCGGCGACGCCGAGUAUCCACGGUUCUAGAAGUGGACGGGGAAGAUCACGACCUCGAUAGCCCUGCAAACUUGUCACCGGGUGUGGGUACGAGCGCUAACGCCCGCGCCCACCCGAGUGCCAAGAGUGACCGCCCAGUGCCCACAGAUAACUCGUGGUACACUGCCAACGCGUACGACGUAACUCCUAAAUUCACGCGCCUUGGGCUCGCAGGCCCAGGUGUGGUGCUACCUGUGUCGGCGCGGGCACAUCGGAAGCAGCAACAGUGUAAUCCAGCCGCUUCUAACGUAGAUAAGGAGAAGGAGAAGCGAGCGUCGAUAGCGAACUUCCAGCUCACCAGAAGGAGCAGUACCGUCUCGACUUCAGCCUCGACUUCGACUUCGACUUCUGCUGGAGAUGGGAUAGGAUCAGCGUGGUUGGAAGCACCAUCUCCUAGCACACAUUCGUCGAGUUCAAGUCCCAGCCCCACCCCUACGUGUUCAAGCCCAGCAUCCUCAGUCUCGAGUCUGCCGCUCACGACCAUGACGCCCAAGUCCGCCGCGUCUUCUCAAGCGACGAGUUUGAUCAGCUCUUGGUGUACCUCUAUCGAAGUGACAGAGAGCGAGGAGACGUCCGAAACUGCGAAGUCAAACAACAGCUCAAGGCCGCAUCAGGAUUCACGGACUUCCGCACUGAAGAAGAGACAAUCAGUGUCCCUGUUGUCCAGAAUGGCAAGCUGGCACCGAUCAACGCCAACUGUGGAUGCAUUCGAAUGGAGGGAGCAGAAGGAGGCUGAUUGGGCGGUGAUCGAGAAGGUGAAACCCCUGCAUCCUGUGGAUCCGGAGCUCGAGGCGGAGCAUCCCACUCGCGCCGCCGUCGCUGUUACAGUCUCGGUCCACCUCGAGCCCGCCCCCUCAGACGACUGUAGUACCAGUGCUGAGAGCGAAACUGAUAGCCGCGAAAGUGCGACUAACGGCGGGGGCCCUGGGAGGUACGAGGAUGCUCAAGUGGCGAGGUUCACGAAGAGCGUAAAUGGCGCGGUGACGGUGAAGCGGUGCGGCUCGGUGCGGCGCUUUUGGAAGGCGUUGGUGGGCGCCGGCGCUGGCAGCUUGAGUCAUCAUCCCAGUGUACAUGGAGAAGUGAUGAGAGCGUAA